ACUCGUCGCCCUGGGAACGACGCCGCUGCGGCACGAGUGUGGUGUCGGCGACGGUAUGAAAGAGUGAAAUGGCUGCUGCAGAACCUACCAGUAGACCACCCUCUGGGACCAAAAGCAUUUCCUUUGAUCUGCCUGUACACUCCAUCGCAGAUCACGAAGCCAACAUCAUGAAUGUUCCCAGGCCUAAAUCAGCCAAAGGCCGGUCUCGGUCUAACUCUGCUUAUGCUCACGGUGCAGAGGCUUGUUCGAUUCCCAUUCCAGUCUCAACUACUUUUGGCGAUCGGAACAGCUGCCCAUCGCCUUCGCCCCCGGAGCUAUAUCCUCCCUCCAGGACCAUGCGAAUGUCCAAAGAGGAAUUUCCGGAGCUCCUCCAUCAAAUUCCUUCUCGGCCGUCUUCAUCGUUAAAUAGGUACAGAGUUUUGCCAUCCAUUGUGAAGAGGGAAUCCAGUAAGGCUGGAACAGAGACUCCGGACCACAAAAACAGUCGGCCGAAUUUGCAUGUUGACCUCGAAGAAAAAUUAAAAUUACACAAGGAAAAGAAGCCAAGUCAUUUUAAAUCGAACACUGCAGCUUCCAAAGCACACUCGCGCCAGAGUCCAGCAGCCGUUCCGCCGGAUGAGCCUUCAGACACCGAACCAAGAUUGCAGCUUGCUGUGAGGUACCCUUCAGGCCAGAGGUUCGAGAGUUGCUUCAGACCCUCAGACACACUACAAACAAUCCUGUCUGUAGCUGAACGGAAGAGUAAUGGCAACUACAAGAACUCUGUGGUCGAAACAAUGGAUGUGCCUCGGAGGAGCUUCUGUGACCUGACCAAGACACUGGAGGAAUGUGGCAUUCAAAAUAAAUCAGUAAUUUGCAUCUUACAAGGUGACAGUGAUUAGUGGUCGUGCUGGUGACUUGUGUAUCCUGUUUUUUCUAUUGUGAAAUGCAAGAUGAUGACAUACCUAUCGACCACCACAAAUAUUUCAAAAUCCCACCUUAAGUAAUUAAGAUUUCUGAGCGUAAAUCCAAUAGCAGGCUGUAAAAUUUGAAUGGCAUGUUCUUGAAUUCUGACGAAAACUGAUCAACAGUGUAAAGGUUGAGAAUUGGGGUUAUAAUCUACAUUUUCUGUAGCUUCUUGAGUGGGGAAUUGCCUAGUAAUUAUGCAACUGCUGAGACAGUGAAGAAAACUAAAUUACAAGAGUUUGUGGAUAAUAUAUAAUCCCAAAUGACUAUUAAAAUAACGGGGAACCUUAGUGCAUAUCAAGUAUGAUGAAUUGCAUGUCUACUCUUGCUGUGGUCUUUCCAAGUGAUGUUAUUUCUCUGAGGGAAUACCAUGUAACAUGACUGUUUCAUCCUGACUUAAUUGUGCUGGGAAUCUUCAAGAUGCACGUCAGAGGUCAUUGGCAAAAUCUGUAACCACGACAAAAUGACUUAGUUGGGAGUAAUGAACGGAAGAUAGCACAUAUAGUCUGCUAGUAGACACAAAAUGCUGGAGUAACUCAGCGGGACAGGCAGCAUCUCUGGAGAGAAGGAAUGGGUGACGAUUCGGGUUGAGACCCUUCUUCAGAUUGAUCAUUUCAGUCGACACAUCAAUGGACAGACUCCAACAUUUUGUGUCUACCUUCGAGUUAAACCAGCAUUUGCAGUUCUGUCCUACACAUAUAGUCUGCUGCCUUGAUCAACAAUCUGCAGCAUUUUCAGAUGCAGUGUCUUCACUUACAGUCAUAUAUAUUUAGAUGUGCAGCUUGUAAUAGUUAUUGGGGCCAUUCCAACCCGGAUCAAAGCAAAGCCGUGAUUCAUCCCAGUUCUUCAGAGUUUUCCUAGCAUAAAGCAAGCCUUUAAGUUCUUUAUUGCUGGGGUGCCAUUGGUCAGUGAAGGAUACACAGUGCCACUCCCCAUUACUUACCUGCACUCUCAUUUCUUUCACCAAGCAGAACUGCUGAAUGAAGUGGCUUUCUCCAAAGAGUGCCACCUCUUUAGGAGUUCCUGCCUUGCAGCGAGAUCUCAUGGUAGUGAUGGUGUUUUUGAAAACAUCUUGUGCACAAUUGCAGUCUGACUGUGUUACAAUUCCAGCAUUGUCAAUGUGCUGCACAUUGCCUCCCCCCAUAGGUUUGACUGAAGCGUGUGUGGUGGCCCCAUGCUGAAUGCAUUUGUUUAUGCACCACCAUUUCAAUCCAACCUCUUUCGCCGAUGCACCUAUUAGAUAUUUCAACUUCUUUAGGGCAAUACAGUAAGCUGUAUUAGCGGUGGAAAGUUGCACUGGAAAUUCCGUGUACAAUUUUUCGAAAUAUUUUCUUUUGCCCUCAAGACUCGACUCUAAAUAAUGAAAGUUUAAAUGGUGUUGCUUGGGACAUUGAUGUUUGCUACAACCACACCGUAAGCUGAUCACAUCAUCAGUGCUGACUGAAACUGUGUGCAUGAGAAAAUAUACAAGCACAAAAUAUACUGCUGUGACAGAAAGGGUAAUUUAAACUAAAGGAUAGACUAAGAGGCAUAAGAAACUGGAAUCUUUAGCUAGAUACCAAGUGCUAGAGUAACUCAGCGGGUCAGGCAGCAUCUGUGGAGGGAAAUGGAAUCAGGCGAUGUUUCGGGUCGAGGCUCUUCAGUCUCAUUCUGAAAAAAGGUCCAGUGCCAAAAUAUUGCCUGUCCCUCCACAGAUGCUGCUUGACCCACUGAGUUGUUCCAGCACUUCAUGUUUUGUAUAGGAUGGGCUUUUUCUAUCUCCCAGCUCCCCCAUAAAAGUAGCAAGGGAUAAAUGGAAAGAGCUUAAUUUAAUGUAGCCGAGGGCAGUGAUUCAGAGUUUUAAGUUUUCCCUUUUGACUUGUCAAUCACUAAGUGAACAACCGAUCAGUUCAUGCUUUUGAUCUACAGGUAGAAAUAACUUUCAUGUUCAAAUGAUUUUAAUGAAAUUUUAAUAUAUUUUAUAUUUUGACUUUUCUGAUUGCCUUGACUGGACACAUACCAACUUGCUUAUAUUAUUUUAAUGAUUUACAUACUUGUGAUAUAGCACAGAAGAAUAUAGAGCUGGAAGAAUGUAGCAAAUAAUUUUACCGAAUAGUUUUGAUAUGCUGAUUUACUAGAGAUUUUGAUCAAACCCAUGACAGGUUUUACAAUCCUUCAUCCAAAGAUACUUGGUUUUCAAAUGGAAUAUUUACAUUUUAUUUCAGAAGUUCAAAGAACCAAACUGCAAUACAUUUUCAAUAUUUUCAGUUUGAUUUCACUCUUGUGAAGUCAGUCUUGUAUAUUCUACAAGUAACAAAAGUGUCACCUCUCACUGGUUCGCUUUCAGUAAUGUAAUCACCAAGUGCAGGGUAACAGGCCACAAGAUAGCUGCUGCUGGGCAAGUGGUAAUUUCAGCCCUUCAAAUCCAUGCCAACUCUAUUUGCAUUUGGCCUCACUCUGACAGUAGAGGAGGCCCAGGACAAAAAGAGAUGCUGCUUGGCCCGCUGAGUUACUCCAGCUUUUCAUGCCUAUCUUUGGUGUAAACUAAUAUCUACAGUUCCUUCCUACACUAAUUAAGGGCAAUCUAGCUAGUUACACAUUCCAUUGUCCUGCAACUGAUUGGCUUUCAGAUCCUUCACCAGUCAUCUGGACAAUACAGUUCUCUUCUGACCUGCCCAAUGUGUUCUAGGUCUUACCACUUGCUGCAGAGAAAACCUUUCCUAAUACCACUUUUGUUUCUUUUGAUAAUCGCUACAUUAUAGUAGUUCAUGAUUUCUUUACCAAUGGGAACAGUUUAUCUCUGCCCACUGUCCUUUCCCUCGUGAUUUAUUUGCCCCCCCCCCCCCAUUAGUUUUCUCAAUGGCUCUCUUACAUCACAGUUCCACUGACCAGGAUGUGAUCUAAACCUUCAGUGUUUGUCUAUCUGAAAAUUACAGGAUUUCCCCAGGUGCUCUACAUUCCUCCCACAUCCCAAAAGUGUACUGGUUGGUAGGUUUCUUGACUACAUCAAUUCUGCCAAAUGUAGGCUGUAGAACAGCACAUCACUGUAUACGCACUUCAGCCUGUGAUGUCUGUGCUGGUGGAGAUGGAUGGUAGAAGAACCAGAGUUGGUGGACCUUUAAAAGAGAAUAGCUGGAAGAAUAGGAUCAUUCUGAGACCCGUUUAGAGGAAGACCAUUCAGCCCAUUGAUUAUGUCAAAGGAAAUACCAAUUAGAUCUCCUCACAACCUCUUUUGCAAGGAGAACAACCCUUGCAUCUCCUCUGCUCACUUAACUCGGAUUCCUCAUCCCGGGACUUCUGGUGAAGCCCAUCUAUACCCCCUACAAAGCCUCACACCGUCCCUAGAGUCUGGCAUCUAGAAGCAGUGAUUGUGAAAGAUUCAUCAUGACCUCGGGCUCUUGGAUGCUGUGUCUCCCUAAAGCAGGAUAUCAUAUGCUUUAAUCACUUUCUCAAUGUGCCCUGUAGUUUUCGACAAGCCACACAAAUACCCCCCACCUCUUAUUGUUACUCCUCUUUCAGAAUUGUGUUUCAGUGGUUGUGCAACGAUCAAAUUACCGGACUAGUAAUACAGAGACUUGGAUCCUAUCCUGACAGCUGUGGAAUUAAAAUUGUUAAUAAUCUGGAAUUAAAAAAUCUAGUCAUUAUUGGCGGUAACCACAAACUAUUGUUCCACUUGGCUUGACUCAUUUCCUAGAACAAGCAAUGGCACCUCCCUUGUUAGCUCAGAAGCAUACUGGUCUAUCAAGUACUAAGCACAGAGAUAGCACAGCAAUACAGUGACCCAGUAUCAACUCUGACCCACUGUGCUAUGUGGAUUGUACACAGUCUCUCUGAAACUGAUUUAUUUGUAUAUAUUAUUUAAUAAUCAGGAUUCAUUAUCAUCUGAUUUAGCAAAUGUCAUUAGAAUGUAGAAUAUUACAGCAUAGGAACUGGCCCUGUGGCCCACAAUGUAUUAAGAUUACGUUUCAACUGGGAAUGCAGUCACCCAACUAGUCAGAUGUUUUUCUCCUAAUGUUAUUACAUUUGUGGUUUAACUCAUACCUUUGUUCAAAUAAAAGCACACAUUUUGAUA